ACAGACUGACGUUUUGGAGUCAACAUCAUAUUUAAAGCUCGUGGAGCCGUGGGCAGACUGAAACCCUUCCGCUUUCUUUCUUUUUUUGAUAGGCGUAUACGCCGGAAACGGAAUUUUUAUUUGCGGUGCAUGUAAUCCGAAACGGCAGGCAGAUUGAAUCGGGAUGAAACAGCCAAACAUUCUAGUCACAGGCACUCCCGGCGUUGGCAAGACGCAUCUGAGCAAGCGAGUGGCCGAGCAGCUCGGAUUCAAGUGGCAAAACGUGUCGGAAAUAGCCAACCAAAAUGGGUUCGUCGAGGAGUACGACGAAGAAUUCGAGUGCCCGGUACUGGACGAGGACAAACUGUUGGACCAUUUGGAACCGAUCAUGCAGGAAGGUGGCAACGUAGUGGAAUACCACAGCUCGGAGUUCUUCCCGGAACGGUGGUUCCAGGCAGUCUAUGUGGUGCGCUGUUCGACCUCGCUGCUGUACGAGCGGCUGCAAGCCCGGGGUUACAACGACCGGAAGGUGAAAUCCAAUAUGGAAUGCGAGAUCUUCCAAAUACCCCUGGACGAAGCCAAAGAUUCCUACCGGAGUGAAAUCAUCGUCGAGCUGCAGAGUGACACCGAGUCCGAUCUGGACGGGAAUGUAAAGCUGAUUUGCGACUGGCUGGAGAAGUGGCGAAGUGCCAAUGAGGCCAAGAAGCAGUAAACGGAAACAUACCCGCUACAGCUCACAGAGUACGAUCACCACCGUUUUGCAUCCAAAAAAGAAAAACAAACGUUAAAAAAACGCCGUAAUAUUUAGUUAGGAAUUUUGUGUUCAGAAUAUUUUUGAGCAUUGUGCUAAAACACCCCGAACUGUAAGAUUGCUUUAAGCUACUCAAUAAGCGCGCGCUUAUAUGUAUUUAUGAACGGUUUUUGGCCUCAAAAUUGUUAAGCGACUAUUGAUUUUACUAUUUUUUAAGAAUAUUAAUGAAAAAUUAAUAAACUAUUAGGAUACAAUCUACACCCCAAA